AUGGAAGCGACUUGCUCUUCCCCGCUCGAACAAGAGUUUCAGCGGCUGAGCAUUGAUUCGGCGAACGAAAAAGCCCAAAGCGGCAGUCGGGAAGACAUGAAUUCAGAUCUAUGGAGCGAACUUCCAGACGCUUUGCUGGACAAAAUCUUCGCCAGACUGCCCCUUAGGAGUCUAUUUCGAACUCGAGUGUUGUCCAAAAAGUGGGACGAAGCGAUAACUCGAUCACUCUCGUUCCAGUCGGAAAUCAGCUCUCUAUCGGCGGGAUGGGAGUCGUACUGCCCGGUGUUUUGGAGUUGGAGCUGCGAGUGGCUGAUCGGCUACGAUCGCCGUUCCAAGCGCUGGCACAAGCUGUUCAAAAUCUCCUACUUUCCGGGCAUAAGCAAAGUGCGCUGGCUCUCGGGAGGCGGUGCAGGAUCUCUUCUAUGCUUCCACCAAGGGGGCUGGAGCGGCGGAGAUCUCUUCAUUCAUGUCACCAAUCCAUUUCUCAGGAGGUGGCACAAAUUACCCAACACCAACACGCCAUCGCGCCCGAUGCUGGACAUCGUUCACGCGGUGCGAUUAGGGUUGAAGGACUACGAGGUCAUAGUCAUCACGCAAGAUGACAGGAACAUGGUGGUCGACGAAGCGGCACCAUUCACAAGCCCUCGCAGCGCGCUUUGCGCCGAGAUUUACAGUCGCGUUGCCGAUUCAUGGACCACGGACAACCUAGGGCCUCUGGUGCCGAGGGACCUGCGAAAGGUAAGCAGUGCGUUCUUCGAGGGCACUCUGUUCUUCGUGCUGGCCAACAGCGGCUUCAAGUCCUUCAAGAAUCUGCGCCUGUUUGCGUACCAGGCCAGACGACGACGGUGGACGGUGCUGGCUCAUCCGUUCGAGGACCAGGACGAUGUGUACCAGUGCGGGCUCGUGGUGUGCGACGCGCAAGUGCUGCUCGUCAUGAUGAACAACCGCGAUCGGCCCCAGCAGAGCUUCAAAUUCCCCGAGGCCAUCCACGGCCCCUCCUACAUCGCGCGCCACAGCAUCCACAUCCACCGCAUCGACCCGGACUCGUUCCAGAUCACAGACCUCUGCCGCGGCCCCGACGAGGACAUCCACGACGCGGAGAUCGUCGAAGGCCUGGCCAGCGACGACCAGUGCCUCUACUUGCAGGCCUACGGGCACGGCAUCGUGGUCCAGUUCAACGUCCUCGAGCGCGCCUGGAACUGCAUCGCCAUAGACUCCGGCCCCGUCCACUACCACUCGCGCCCCGACAUCUCGUCCCGCUGGUUCGGCCCCAACUUCAAGUGGACCAACGUCACGUUCCAGCCGGGGCUCAACCCCUUUGCCAUGCAGUAG